CUAGCAAACUAUACUCGACGCUCUGCGGCCGCUACUGAGCGCGGUGCGCGGACUUCUGGCCCGUAACGAGAGGGUUGUGCCACAAAACGGCUACACUGGCUCGACCCAGCGUGGCGUCGAAUAACUUGGGCACGCCGCCGAGAUCAGCCCUUGGCACCCACCUAGUGUGGGCGCCGCCGUCGGAAUCCCGGCGAAUUAUUGGCACCUGCCCUCUCCCAGAGGUCCACUGGGUCUCGCUUGGAAGAAGAUAUUGAUCGAUCGAUCCAUGUCGUCAUCGAAAAAACGACCGCAGAAGUCGUCGUCGUCCUCCUCCAAGAAGCAGCGCGCCGGCGCCGACGAGGAGGCCCGCCUCGUCGACGCGCUCUCCGAGAAGAAGCCGACGCGCAAGGAGAUCGAGUCGACGGAGCCCGGCGGCGCGCCGACGGUGAUCGAGCGCACGCUGCCGAGCUUCUUCGACUUUUACCCGCGCGUGAAGCGGGCAUACGAUUCUCUCAAGAAGAAGGGCCCCGCCGCCGCGCGCCUCGAGCUCCUGCGGGCCUGCGAGACCGUGCUGACGACGGGCAACGCCGACGCCAUGGGGAAACUGGUGAAGGCCGCGCUCGCUGGCGAGGCCGGCGACGCGGCCGCGCCCAUCGACGUCGACGCCGACGGCGCGGACGACGACGCCACCUUCCGCUGGCAGGCCGACGGCGGCUCCGCGGGCUGGAUGGACUUCGACGACGCGUCGAACGCCGUCGCGGAGCGCGCGCGCAAAUCGGGCGCGACGGAAACGCGGUUCGUGAACCAGUACGGGUCCUACACGCUCAAGCUCGACUUCAUGGUGCAGGUCAACACGCACACGGGCACGACGCGGCCCGUGCGAUACGUGUCCUAGCCUAUUGUAACACUG